UUUUUUUUUUUUUUUUUAAAUAAUCAUUGCAAAUGUCUUCGGCUGCAAAUAUUCUUCAAAAACAAUUAAAAGAAUUAACAAAGAAUCCAGUUCCGGGUUUUGUAGUCGACCUUAAAGACGAUAAUAUCUUUGAAUGGGAUGUUGCACUUAUUGGGUCACCUAAAACAAUGUAUGAAGGUGGUUAUUUUAAGGCAACUAUGACGUUCCCUGAUGAUUAUCCAUUCAAUCCACCUACAUUUAAAUUUAAUAACGAAUUUUAUCAUCCUAACGUUUAUCCUGAUGGAAGACUUUGUAUUUCAAUUCUUCAUCCACCUGGAGAAGAUCCUAUUAGUGGUGAAAAGGCAGAGGAACGUUGGAAUCCUACACAGUCUGUAGAAAGUGUACUGGUAUCCAUUAUUUCUUUACUUGCGGACCCUAAUUGUUCAAGUCCUGCAAAUGUAGAUGCUGGAGUUGCUUAUAGAAAGAAUCGCGAACAAUUUAAUGCUAUUGUGCGAAAACAAGUGGAGGCAUCAAAAAAGGAUAUUCCUCCUGGAUUUAAAAUGCCUAAAUCAGAACAAGACUUUAUGCCAGCAGCUCCACCAGAAAUAGAAGAAGAUGAUAACUUUUGGUAUGAGUCUGGCGAUGACAGUGAUUUUGGUGUAGAUGAUGAUGAUUAUGAUGAUGAAGAUGAGGACUGAUCCUAAAUACAUAUACAUAUAUAUUUUUUUGAGACAUUAUAUAGAAAGAUAUAUAUAUUUAUUUUAAUAAAUUUUUUUCCCUUUACAUAA